AUGGAGAAGGUUGGUGUUUGUGAUGAGUUUGUUAACCUUAAGGCAACAGAGCUGAGAUUAGGAUUACCGGGAACAGAAGAUGUAUGUCAAGAAGAGAAAGAAAUGGUUUCUUGCGGUAAAAUCAACAAAAGGGCAUUACCUGAAACAGAGAAAGAGAUUGAAUCCACUGGAAAAACUGAAACCGCUUCUCCUCCAAAGGCUCAGAUUAUUGGAUGGCCACCUGUUAGAUCUUUCAGGAAGAACAGUAUUCAGGCAAAGAAGAAUGAAUCUGAAGGUCAAGGAAUGUAUGUGAAAGUAAGUAUGGAUGGUGCUCCAUAUCUGAGGAAGAUAGAUCUAACGGUGUAUAAGCAAUAUCCAGAACUGAUGAAAUCACUUGAAAACAUGUUUAAAUUCUCUGUGGGAGAAUAUUUUGAGCGAGAAGGAUAUAAAGGCUCAGACUUUGUGCCUACUUAUGAAGACAAGGAUGGUGAUUGGAUGCUUGUUGGUGAUGUUCCUUGGGAGAUGUUUGUAUCUUCAUGUAAGAGGCUAAGAAUCAUGAAAGGAUCAGAAGUUAAAGGUUUAGGUUGUGGUGUUUAA